CGAGGCUGGCUCAUCAGCUCCCUCUCCGUUGGUGAAAGGUUGGAUCGCGCGUAACGUUUGGCGUCGUUUCGAGCAACAUCUACUAACAAAGUGCACGUUAUUGUUUAUUUGUCGACGUAUUUUAGUAGUUUGUCGUUAAACGUCCACAAUGAGCACGAUUAACGUGAAGAAGCUUAAAGUAAACGAGCUAAAAGACGAGCUCAAGAAACGAAACCUAUCAGACAAGGGGCUGAAGGCCGAUCUGAUGGACCGCUUGCAGGCCGCGCUGGACGAGGAGGCCCUCGCUGGAGACUCGGCCGCUCAGGAUGUGGCGACGGACGAGCAGGCCGCGGACAUCCAGGAGGGUAUGGGGGAGGAAGAAGAAGGCCCGGUAGAGGAGAGCAUGGAGGCCAACGAGGGAGAAGAGCCGGCGAAUGACGGCGACGGGAACGGUGUGUCGGUGGACGAGGAGAUGGGUGAGGGGGAAGAGGAAGGUGACGAGGAGGACGAGAUGGAUCCCAUGCUAAAGGAGGAUGUAGACGACAUGGAGAAAAUUGACACAGAAGAUGGUGAGCCCGGCGAUCACGCUACUGAGGGAGAUGCGGACAAAGACACGAAUGCUGAUCAGAAGAAUAAGAAGGGUGUUAAGAGACGCCGGGAGGAACAUGGAAGGGGCUACUUUGAAUUUAUUGAAGAGAACAAAUACAGCUGUGCUUCGUUUAAGUCUCCGGUACCGCCCUUGGAGGAAGAGGACGAGGAGCUUGAUGAGACCAAAGUCUGCCUGGACAGCUACAACUGCGACCUGCACUUCAAGGUGUCGCGGGACCGUUACAGCGCUUCGUCCCUCACGAUGGAGAGCUUCGCGUACCUCUGGUCUGGAGGCAAGGCCACUCACGGUGUAAACCAAGGCAAGGCUUGCUUUGAGAUGAAGGUUACAGAGAAGAUUCCAGUGAAGCACAUAUCCAGCAAGAACCUGGAGAUUCACGAUGUCCAGGUCGGAUGGUCUCUGGCUACCGGCUCGCUGCUCCUAGGUGAGGAGGAGUUUUCCUUCGGCUACUCCUGGAAAGGCAAGAAGACGACCAACUGUGUGACCGAGGACUUCGGAGAGCCGUACGAGGAGAACGACGUCAUCUGCUGCCUCAUCGACUUUGAGGGUGAGGAGGUGGUGCUGUCCUUCUCCAAGAAUGGUGGAGAGCCAGCUGUGGCCUUCCAGGUCCAGAAAGACUCUCUAAACGGCCAGGCCCUUUUUCCUCACGUCAUCUGUCGCAACUGUGCUGUGGAGUUCAACUUUGGCCAGAUGGAGACCCCGUACUUCCCUCAGCCUGAGGGCUACACCUUCAUGCAGCAGAUCCCCGUCGAUGAGCGUGUGAGGGGUGUGAAGGGGCCUCAGACCAAGGCCGACUGCGAGAUCAUCGUGAUGGUUGGUCUGCCAGGCUCAGGCAAGACCACAUGGGUGAAGAACCAGGUCCAACAGAACCCUGGGAAGUACUACAUCCUGGGAAGUGACACGAUUGUGGACAAAAUGAUGAUCAACAGCCUGAAGCGCCAGUCCAAGGACAUCACCAAGCUCAGCACCAUUUCCCAGAGAGCGCCUCUCUUCCUGGGGAAGUUCAUCGAGAUCGCCGCCCGCAAGAAGAGGAACUACAUACUAGACCAUACCAACCUGUCUGCACCCGGCCAGAAGAGGAAGAUGUGUCUGUUUGCCGGCUUCAAGCGUAAAGCUGUGGUGGUCUGUCCGUCUGACGAGGAGUACAAGCAGAGAGUCCAGAAGAAGGUGGAGAGUGACGGCAAAGAUGUGCCGGAGCACGCUUUGCUCAAGAUGAAAGGCUUCUUCGCUCUGCCGGAGGAGGGCGACAGCUUCAGCGAGGUCGUCUACGCUGAGCUGCCCAAGGCGGACGCCGCCAAGCUGCUGGACCAGUACAAAGAGGAGAGCAAGUCGGCCCUGCCCGCCGAGAAGAAGCCCAACCAGGGGAGCACGGCGCCAAAAAGGGGCGGUGGCCCGCGUGGUGGCGGCCGGGGAGGCAAGAACCAGUUUGGUCGUGGUGGUGGACCUGGACAGAGGGGGGGGGGUCGUGGAGGCUUCCAGAACAGAGGCAACUUCAGAGGAGCUCCUGGCCCCCGUGGUGGCUUCAGCCGUCCUCCUCGUGGCUUUCUGCCUCCGCCGGCCUUUAGGGGGGGGUUCCCCAACCGCGGCAGCUUCAGCCGUGGCGGCGCCCCCAUUCCCAGUCUGGGAGGCUCUCCAAGAGGCGGACCAAUGAGGGGUAACAUGGGACACAGGGGCGGACCCAUGAACCGUGGGGGUCAGAUGAACAGAGGAGGCGGAGGCAACAUGAGUCGGAAUCCAAACCGGGGUCAUCCCAGCCAGUUCCAGCCCAGAGGUGGUAACCGUGGCAACUUUGGCAACAAGAACAGCUUUGGGAACAGCAGGAACAGUGGGAACUUUGGCAACAGGAACGGCAUGGACAAGGCCCAGGCCUUUAACCAGAGCUGGCAGCAAGGGUUCUGGAACCAGAAACGCUGGAGCCAGCAGUACCAGCCCGGGUACUACUGAGACUCGUUCUAAGGGACUGGUGGUCGACACUGAGAACCCACCGUAGCCACGGAAACCACCCCGCCCCACCCCCUUUAGUCUGUUUUCUUUAGAGUCCCCUUUUAACCUCCUGAAGCCCACGGAGACCGGAGCGAAGCGGAGCUCCAUCCUUCCAUCAGGGAGCAGCACGAGGGUCGGGUUCAGCGUCUUUAUGGUUUUCUUUAGGUUUGCUCGUCCCUCCUCCACGUUUAACCCCCUGCUCUCAGAGAAAACCUCUACCCGCAGGAGCAGAAACCCUCCCCGUGGCGUGUUUUCGUUUUCAGGGUUGUGCAUUUUAUCUGUGUUGUGAUUUUUGCUUUUUUAUUAUUACAAAUUGUAAAUAUUGUUUUUUAUUAGUUCUGUCGGACGUUUGAGACGUGUGUUCUGAUCAAGACAAAUGUGGGUUCCUUCGCAGAACCCAGGAUAAAUUAUAGCUGUUAAUCUGAUGCGUUACAGGAAGCAGGUCAUUUACAGUUGGUUGUUUUACUUCCUUCAUUCAAAUCUGUAAUAAACGUCAUAGACCUACAAUAAACUCUCCUUUGCUUUUCUACUUUCUGACGUGUGAGUUGUAGUUUAGCUCUAAGGCUUGUGGACGGGCGCCUCGUUGGCGUGUUUCUGCUUAUGAGAAGGUUUUCCUCCAUCCUCCCCGUCACACUGGAGCUCUGGUUCUACGCGCUUCAGGAGACGCAGGGUUUGGGUUUGCUGCUUCCUGUAGCGCUGUGUGAGUGUGACCCGAGCUGACCCGACGCCGCUUCAGCACCGACACUUCCUCACCAGCGAACUGCACAGUGUCCCCACGGCUUUCCAGCAGCUUCUGGACCUUUCUAGCUGCGUUGUCUCGGUGACUGUGUGGCUUUGGGGCAACGGCCGCUCCCUAUGGCAGCAGAAACAUCCUGCUUUACCUCCUGCUGGGCUUUAGACGCCUGUAAAUACCCCACUGGUUAUUCAUGCAUGUGUUCUGUGACGUGAAGAGAAGCUGGAGUCCAUGUCCGUCCUUUUCUCUGCCGUGUGUAAACCCUUAAGGCCGACAGCUGGUGGUGUAUUUUUAUGACGGUGUUACAGGUUUACAACAAUCAGGUCUCAAUAAAUAACUCCAACAUUUUAA